AUGGAGGGAACUAGGGUAUGUGGUUAUCAAAGCCAUUACUACCAGAAAGACUUUGGGGAUAUGGUGUCCCACAGUAUGGGCACAGAUUUGGAAAGAGAAGAAAAAAGGAGGGAAAUAACAUCUCCUCCCCAGAGGGGAGAGAGAGGGCUAGGGCAUCAGAGACAUACUGACGCGGAGUCCGACCCUCAGAGAAAGCGAGCGCCAGCGAACCAGCGGGGCAGAGAGCCGAGCGCCUAUUGGCCGCCUGACCUGCCCGUCAGGGGGAACUGGAGGGCCAAGGGAAGCACAGGGGGCGGAAUUCUCCUCUGGUGUGGCCAAUUGGAGAGCGUGGCGGAGGCGGGGCUUGGCAGCUUGGCUUCUAGGGCCGGGGGGAGACAAGAUGGCGGGUGCGGGAGGGGGUCCUUGCUUUUCAGCUCCCCCACUCGCCCGCCUUCUCCUUCUCCGCCGCCGCCCUCGCUCCAAGAGAGAGCUUUCGCGCCGCCCCCGCCCCGCUUGGGAAGCCUCCCGCUCCCCGGUUUCCACCCCCCCGCGAAGUCCCUGGUCCCCGUAGGCCCUGCUGCUCCCGCCCCCGCUCCGUCCGGCCCCGCUGCCGCCCCCAUUACCUCAGCCGCCGGCCCGGCCCCACCGUUCGGGGCCCCUGGGCGCGGGCGGGACGGCUGCCGAGCAGGUCGGCGCGGCCCUGGGAGCGGAGCGCGGCCUCCUCCCGCGCCAGCCUCCGCGGCCUCCGCCGUGCCCCCUCCCGGCGCGCGCUGGGGCCCCAGCCCGGCCGCCGCCACUGCCGCCGCUCCCGGGGGAGGAGGGGGAAUGGAGCCGCCGCCGCCGCCGCUGCCGCCACGGAGCCCGGCCGAGGGGAGGGAGGGAUCAGCCCCCAGGCAGGAUCCGCCCCUCCGGCCUCCCCCCGCCACCUCCACCCCUUCCCUCGCUCCCUCCCUGGCUCCGCGGGCUCUCCCGCUGAACAGGAGCGAGAGCGCGAAAGGGGGAAACGGGAAAAAAAUCCCCCCGCCCGUGCCCGGCGCUGCUGCGGCCGGGGCUGCGCGGCGAGGAGCGCGGAGCCGCUGCCGCCACGGGGCACCGUCCCCAGCUCUGCCUCACGGUGGCGGUGCGGACGCGGCGGGGGCACCGAACAGAAACCGGGUCUGCGCCCGCCGCAGCCCCGACUACCCCGGCCCUGCCCGCGGCGGGAUGAGCCCGUCCGGAGAGCUGGAGACGUUCGGGUCUAGUGCCUGUACUACUCCCAGAAAGUCGCCCCCUCCCCCAGGUCCUGAGGACAAAGGUCUAGCGAUGUCCGUCCCCUCCCCCAGUGAGGACAGCCAGGGAAGACCCGCGUCUGUCGUGUGCGGGUGA